AUGCCUCCCUAUCAAGUGCACCGGGACAACUCUCUAGAGGGAAACUUGAAGACAGUAGACACGAUAAGUUCCCAAUGUCAUCCAGAUGCAAAACCCCAUACAUUGGCUGCAUCUACAAAACGUACUCCUACGCCCAUCCCGCAUCCCGGCAUGUCAGACCAGGGGGAAGAAGAACGAGAAACAGGAAUCCAGCCUAUCCGUUUCAGCCUCGGUUCACAACGCCUACUGUCACCAGACAAAACGAAAAUAUCGUUGGGGAUGAAGAACCCCGAAAGUCGAGUGAGCGACGCCAGCCUUUCACUUACUCUACCUUUGGUGGCUUUCGGUGGUACUCGCAUUGGAACUGGAUUGACAAACACACAUCAACCAUCGUGGAAAAAUUCUAGACGCUCUAAAAUGGCUGAUAUCAAGGAACGUUUCUCUCGCACCGCAAAAAUAAAAUACACGGACCAGAAUACCGGAAUAACGGAAGGUAUCGGCGGAGAUUUCGACGCCAGCCCUGAUCGUGGAAAUAUACAAACGUUCAGUCGCAAUGGUGGUACAAGGUGCAGAAGCCCGGCGCCGGGAGGAAAUAACACGAUGUGGAAUGGCAGCAGGCAGCCAAGUUUAGAUACCCCACACGGCGACUCCGAUUUUGAUUCACUUCCCCACAGAAACUUUGCCAAGGCAACCAACAGAAAUUCUGCGGAAACCUACCUGAAAAUGAGUGAAAAUGAACGAAAAUAUACAUGUGAAUGUUCAACACUUUUUAGGUCUCUCACGGAUUCGGAUGUUGUGUACCACAAGCAGGAAAAAAUUGAGGAGGUCCCCGGAGCAAUGCAUUAUAUCACUUUGGAUGGCCAAUUGGAUUACUCCGUGGUACUUCGAGCCUUAUUUUGGCGUUGCACAACAUAUAUGUCGGAUAGAGUAUGCAAGCAGGUGCUUGGUUGUUUAUGCGUUCUGUUUGACCUAGGAAUAAUUAUAAACCACCGGAACACUCGACCUUCGACACGGAUCCAACGAAAGAAGAGUUUCAAAUUUCAUGAUAAAAGAAAAACUUACGAUUUCCCAAGAGAAAAAAUCAAGGUGCAUCCAGCCGCCAAUUUUUAUUCCAGUACCGGAAAAGAGCCAAUUCAACCGAACCAAUUUUCUCGCCAGACUACAACUACAUCCGGUCGAAAAGAUGGAAGAACAACUGGAAUGCCAUCGGUUCAUCGGAAGUCUUUAACAGCUUUUGUCGAGUCUGGAGACGAUGAACCAAAACAAUCCUUAGGGCAGGUUGACCGGUGUAAAGUGUACUCGAGUAAGGAGACAGAAUCAGUGGGCAGAUUAUGCCCACAAGACCAAUUCAGGCUGGAUGACUCAAAGGUGCUAGAAGAUGCUGCCACUACAAAUACGCGUGAACGAACAGCUGGCGAUGUUUGUCGAUUCCCAAGACGCCAGACAUCUCGCAGUCGAUGGUCUCAUUAUGUCCAGUCUCCCUAUCAGCUGCAGCAACCGGCGCUGAGCAAGCAGAUGUUGAGAUCCAAUUAUGUGCUAGCCGUGGAAACAGUGUUAAGAGUCAUCCGUUCCCUGGGAUGCCCAUAUGGCCAUCAUUGCUCACCAAGUUUCGGAUUUCGUGAGACUCCAGGUAAUGGUGAAAGAGACCUGCCAACGCAAGAGAAAGACGAGGUUCGCCGACUCGCCUACGACUGUGUGCAUCACUUAUACAAAACAGACGGAAAUUGGUUUGUUCACGUCAUCAGCCGCAUGGUGGCGACGAUGUGCGUACCCGAUCUGGUUGAACUGUACCAUGCUUUAACUGGAUUCUGCUCAGAUCCAGCUGCGCGAGCUACAGGUUAUCUACCGACUGACGCCAACUACGCCAACAGCUUCAAUCAGGCAGCUAUUGUAAGUGGCACACUUGAGGUAGAAAGCAUCAUAAUUGCCUGCUCCCUCGGUCCGUUCAUCCGACGUUUGGUCCGGUGUCGAGUGGAAAUUGUCAGUCAAGAAAAUCUAUCACUGUUUGGGGAUAUACGGCAACUGUUCAGUUAUCUCCGUGAGGUUCAUGGAAGCACAUUCCGACUGAACAUACUUGUCGCACUCAUUUGCCCCAUUCACCGAGUCUGGGAACGUCUGAGGCCAAAGAGCGCUGCAGGAUGUUCUCGAAUGUCCUCAAGAAACUCUAUGUGGCUCUUUCCUCGCGUGGAUAAACGGCGCUCGAGCAGUUUGUUCACUGAUGGUCUUGUUGAUGCAGAUCCAGCUGGCUUCGGUGCUGGAGGUUUGCGCACGGGACAGCGCAUCACAAGUUGGCACAUGUUCCUUCCCCGAUCAUCUGUGGUCAGUAGAGGAUUUCGACUGAGCAAUGGUCUCGGCUCAUGGCCCACAUUUGAUAGGGACGGUACCCACGGUCGGAAGGAUCUAGAGCAUUCGGGCCAGGAAACUGUCGUCGAACACCGAUGGGUUAAUGUCUCUGCAUUGAAAGAGGGCUUGCUCGAUUUCUCGUUUCUGCUAGAGUGUUGUGAACCAGGCACAAUCCCCGAACCCCAACUGGUUGCCGCUCUCUUUGAUUUGGUGAGUUCGUUUUAUCAUGUAAAGUGA